AUGACGAAGCAGCCUGCAGAAUUGGGGCCUCUGCUCAAUGAGAGAACAGCAGAAAAUCUCUUUCUGGUGCUCAGGAAAAUCCUGACUUCAGACAAUCUUUUCAUUACGUCGCAAAAGCUCUCGCAACUCUUGAAUCACCUCACGUCCCUAACUGAGCUCAAAUCCAAGGGCAAGUUCGAUCGAGUCGUGUGGCUCGAGACAUUGGCUUCUUCGGACGAUGUGCUGCAAUACCUUACAAACUAUGGUGGCUUGAUUAUCAUUAUUGAGGACAACCAUGAGAGCUUGAAGCUCUUUGGCGAUAUUUGGCCCCAUGUGAGCCGCCAGAAGGUUAGGGUAAACUUGAUCGUCAAGGACCUUGGCCGGGCCGUGUACUACGAGAUAUGCAAAAUCUUAGGAUCACCUCCUGACGAUCUUUUCAAAAAUGCUAUCAAUAUUGACUUGUCACAAAACACUAUCCGCAUCAAUCAGAGUGUGCGCUUGUUGAACUGGAAGACGCUACCUACAUGCGUCGAGGACUUUGUAUUUUCGUUGAACAUGGAUAAUGGUGGACUACAGCUGUACUUUGAAAAUCCAAUGCAGCAACUAUUGCUGCUCUCCACGGCGUUGGUCCAGAUCGUUGACUACACGAAGCCUGAUAUUACCCUUAAGUUCAAGAACCUUUUCGCAAAGGGAGACCAUUCUGUUGCACUCUCCAAUAUGUUUAUGAACGACAAACUACCAGAGUAUCUUACAUCGGGCUUCAGUCUGAAUGAGCGGGAAUUCUACCUAUCCAAGCUCAAAGGAAAUACUGACUUAGUAAUCAUCGAAAGAAACCUAGAUUAUUUUCCACUCUUGCUCGAUCACUUAAACUACAUGGGCCUUCUUGAUGACUUGUUUGGCACGCAGGACGAGCUAAACAACAUACUUAGUACUGGGGAUAAACUUAAUGACGAGCUCUUUGAUAUUCUCAAGGAUCUCAAUUUCGCAUCUAUCGGUAUGAAGCUCAAUAAGCUUGCACGCUAUAUCCAGCUGGAGAUUGGUAAUCGUGAUAAAAUGACAGAUCUACAAGAAAUAAAACAACUCGUGAAAAACUUGGGAAGCCUCACAACAAAGCAAGAGUUGGUCAGAAAACACACUGCACUUAGCGAAGCCAUUCUUGAGAAGAUAAAGAAGAAUAAUCAAGAAGACUACAAGCAUGAUAUUCGGGAGGUUUGGGUUGAGCUACAAAACGAGAUCUUUAACAUUGAUUACAGAAAACAGAUUGCCCAGUUCCACCAAAUGAUGAACCAGGGUUGUGAUUCCUCAAUCGCAUUGAGUUUCAUCGCCUUAAUAUCGUUAAUAAACGAUGGAAUCAGACCAAAAGACUUCAAUCAAAUCGAGGACCGCAUUCAUACAGAGUAUGGCCUCUCGGCUGUGCUUGCACUUCGGAAAUUACUUGACUUAAAGAUUAUUAAGUCCGUGAACAAGGGGACAGACUUUUUCAGUGGUUUUACGUUUGGAAAAUCGGAGAUCGAAACAACUACCACCACUACAUCAAUCGAGACCGGUGGCAAAGCUGACAAUGCUCCUUUGCUGGACAAGGCAUACGACGAUGUGAACUCUCUCGGGAUCACUGGUGGUCAAGAUGUGUACAAGUCAACAUACACGCUAAUUAGCAAGUUUUGGAACUUACAUCCCUUGGAGGAAGAAAACGAGGAAGUUGUCAUUGAAAGUCUUUCUGACUACCCCAACCCGUCAUUUGUUUACCCAUCAGCUACAGUCCCAUUAUCUGCUCGUCUCAUUGAGUCGCUCUACUAUCGUGAAUUUUUGAAGUACAAGCCUGUGAACAACAUCCACCGCAGGCCAAAUUGGGAACGUCUCAACUUGGACGCAAUGUUCAAAGGCCAAACCAUAGACAAAAACAUAUGCGAUGAGCUGGAUAACCGUAAAUCGGACACCACAAAGAACUCCCGGCCUGAGUAUAUUAUCGCUGUGUUCGUCGGAGGGAUAACUAGAGGCGAGAUCACUGUACUUCGAUACUUGAAAAACCGACUUGCAGCACAAAACAAGCACCUCUUUGUUUUGACUACUGGCUUAGUGAGCAACCGCAAGCUUAUUGAUGUGGUGACUCAAUGA